AUGGCAGGUGAAGAGACAACCGUGUCAGAGCCCCAGGAGAGCCGGGCUGUGGAGAAGCAGAGUGACGGGGUGCCAGACAGCCCCUCAGGGUCCCCCCUCCCUGAGACUAGCCAGGCCCGCUCCCACCUGGAGUGGAACGUCCCCUUGUCUGUCCCCCUGCCCAUCGAGGUGCUGUCAGCUGACCAGCCCUUCCCCUUCCUGGACACCACCCUGGCCGACCUGGGCAUCCAGGAGUCGGCGGUGAAGGAGAAGGUGGUGUGGGUUGACACCAAGAAGACACAGGUGAAGAACAAGGCAGGGAAGCUGAAGGAGAGAGAGGUGACCAUCCUGGAGGUGCGUGUGACGGCCCAGAACCCAGGAGACAAGCAGACCCAGCAGGUUCUGUACAGCACCGAGUCCCACACCGACCGCUCCUUCUGCCGCACCAGAGUGGACAUCCUGCCCUGGAUACACACACACACAGAGGAGAACGGGCUCCAGCCUAUCGAGAUGACCAUGGCUCUGGAGGUCGAAAAUCAACAGCCAGAAUCAGAUGCGGCCCGGGAGGUGUGAUGAAGCCGGGAGGUGUGAUGGAGCCGGGAGCUGUGAUGGAGCCGGGAGGUGUGAUGGAGCCGGGAGGUGUGAUGGAGCCGGGAGCUGUGAUGGAGCCGGGAGGUGUGAUGGAGCCGGGAGACGGCUCGCCAUCUUGGCCAGCUGAGCGAUCACAUCUGAACGUGGUUAAACCCAGAGUUACACCUGUUCUUCUCAGGCUACGGCUUGGCAGACUGCUUCCAGCUACUCUCCCUCAGCUGAGUGUUCUGAGGCCUUGACUAUAGUUGUUCUUUUCUUUAAAAAUAAUUAUCUGUGUAAACUGUUUACUGUAUAUUGUUUUAGUACAUUUUUAACACCAAUGAAAUUGAUGGCGGUAAUUUGCAUCUUCUAACAAAAGAAGUGCUGGUAGCAUGGCAGAAUGUGGAGGUGACUAAGGUGGUAGUCUGCUGGUAACAUGAAAGAACAAAAUAAUUAAUAACUACAUCAGACAUAUUUGUAACUGUUUUGAAGCUUGGCAAAAGCUUUAAAGGCAAUGAGUACAGAGUGAACUGCUAUGCCCAUUGAGACUGACCAUAAAAAUAAAGGCUUUUUCCCCAUUGAGUUCUGUCCCUGUUUUCCCUGUGCCUGGGCUUAGGGAGCCUCUGGUGAAAGUGCCCACACAGGAGUUCAGAUGAGGGCAUUGUUGCAGCCCUGGUCUAACCCUAACCCUGGUUCAGACCCCCUGAAUAGGCAGGCAUUAGAGUUUAGAAGGUAGCUUAUGUACAGGGCUGGGAGCCUGACAGGAAAUGAAA